AUUGACGACAGUGCAGCUGGUGUAAAGAGAGGAUCCGAUGACCUCCUUUCUGGCAGUUUACUCAAUGGUCCAAAUUCUAAUAUGAGCAAUGUAAUAGCAAAUGGUAGUGACAGAAAAAAGUUCAAAGCAGAUAAGAUGGAUGGAGCACCAUCGAGAGUUCUUCAUAUCAGAAAGCUUCCUAGUGAAGUGACAGAAACUGAAGUUAUUGCUCUAGGCCUGCCAUUUGGGAAAGUUACUAAUAUCUUGAUGCUUAAAGGAAAAAAUCAGGCAUUUUUGGAAUUGGCUUCAGAGGAAGCAGCUGUUACUAUGGUGAAGUACUACACCACUGUAACACCUCAUCUUCGUAAUCACCCCAUCUAUAUUCAGUACUCCAAUCACAAAGAACUGAAGACUGAUAGUGCACUUAACCAGCGUGCACAGGCUGUGCUGCAGGCUGUGACAGCUGUCCAGUCUGCUAGCAACUCUCUAAGUGGAUCGGCAGUCAGUGAAAGUUCAAUGACCUCGACCCAGAGUCCAGUACUAAGAAUAAUUAUUGACAACAUGUAUUACCCAGUGACUUUGGAUGUUCUUCAUCAGAUAUUUUCAAAAUUUGGAGCAGUGCUGAAGAUAAUCACCUUUACUAAAAACAACCAGUUUCAAGCAUUGCUGCAGUACGCUGAUCCAGUGAAUGCGCAGCAAGCAAAAUUGACCCUAGAUGGUCAAAAUAUUUAUAAUGCUUGCUGUACUUUGAGGAUCGACUUUUCCAAAUUGGUGAAUUUAAAUGUGAAGUAUAAUAAUGACAAAAGUAGAGACUACACGCGUCCUGACCUUCCAGCUGGAGAUGGACAGCCGUCUUUGGACCCAGCUAUUGCUGCUGCUUUUGCCAAGGAGUCUUCACUGCUUGGGCUUCCUGUUGCAGCUGUUCCAGGAGCUCUCAGUCCAUUGGCUAUGUCAAGUGCUGCUGCUGGUCGGGUAGCUAUUCCUGGGGUCCAUUCUGGUGGCAGUAUUGUCCUCCUAGUUAGCAACUUAAAUGAUGAGAUGGUUACGCCCCAAAGUCUGUUUACCCUCUUCGGUGUUUAUGGAGAUGUCCAGCGUGUGAAGAUCUUAUACAAUAAGAAGGACAGUGCUCUGAUACAGAUGGCUGAUGGAAACCAGGCACAGCUUGCCAUGAGUCACCUCAAUGGACAAAAAAUGUAUGGAAAAAUCAUUCGUGUAACCCUGUCCAAACACCAGGCUGUACAGUUACCUCGUGAGGGUCUUGAUGAUCAGGGACUGACAAAAGAUUUUGGUAAUUCACCACUGCAUCGUUUUAAGAAGCCGGGCUCAAAGAACUUCCAAAAUAUAUUCCCACCCUCUGCCACACUUCAUCUGUCAAAUAUUCCGUCAUCCAUAUCAGAAGAGGAACUUCGAACACUGUUUUCCAAUUCUGGUGGUAUUGUGAAGGCAUUCAAAUUUUUCCAAAGAGAUCACAAAAUGGCACUUCUUCAGAUGGGAUCUGUAGAGGAAGCAAUCCAAGCCUUGAUUGAGCUUCAUAAUUACAAUCUUGGAGACAACCACCACCUGAGAGUUUCUUUUUCCAAGUCAACAAUUUAAUCUCUUGAUGAAAAAGAGGAGAGCGAAGAGAGAGCAGAACAUGCUGCGCUGUUCAUUGUGACAAAUAAGUGUUGUUAACUUGUUUGAUAGUUGGGACCAGAGUAAAUGUUUUGUAUCAAUCAUUCUGUUAUGUUGAAUUGUAAACUUUCAUAAAAUGCAGCAAUGAAAGCAGAGGCUGUAUUUCAUGCAUCAUUUAGGCAAACCAUCACUAGUUUUCAUUUAUUUAUACCACUGUGGAAAUUUAAUCCCUUUUUAUUUGGAUUAGUAGACACGUGCCUUAAAAGGGAGUUGAUAAUUGGUACAGCUGCAUUAAAUGUUAAGAAUGCAUAACUUUGGGGCACAUUGUUUAAGGGAAUGUAACCAGUUUCUGAGCUGGGGUGUUUAAAAAAAAAAAAAAAACAAAGGAUAAGUUUAAUUUUAUUUUCUGAUUUUCUGUAGAUUGUUAGAUGUUUCAUUUAGUUUUGUAUGCUUAUGUAAAUGUUCAUCUUGGCUAGUGUAUGUUGAGGCCACAAAUGGGAAUAUGGACAUGUGCUUUAUUGGUUCACAUUUUCACAUGCUUGUGUCCCAUUAGUGGUAUUAAAAUACAUUUUGAAUGUAGAAAUCAGGUCUGAUUGUUUGAAGAACAUUUCCACCUGUUUUGUGCAGCUUAAAUUGGAGGGUCCCCCUUUUUUAUGAUAGAAAGGGAAAACAAACUCCUUAGUCCUUCCCAUGUCUCUGAAAAAGCAGUGGAAUCUUAAAAAAAAAAACUUUUUGUACAUUGUGUGGUGUAUUGUCAGCAUCAUCACUAAGUACUGUGUUGCUUGUGGCAGAUUUUUUUUUUUUUUAAUUAUAGUUGAUAUGGCUUAUUUGCUUUCCAGUGUGUCUGCGUGUAUUGCAUGUGUACACAUACGAAUGUGUACAUAAACACAGUAUAUUUUGUUUGUAAUUAUGAUUUGAAACAUGGUUGCAGACUUCAGAUCAUAUGAGACUGGUCUAGUUAGUUUAGACACCAGUGCAUGUUUUUGAAAGUUAGUGGAAACAUGCUGCAAAAUGUUUGCAGUGAUAUUAAUUCAAGGCAUGUUUUAUUAAGCUGACAACCAGGUGGGACCAAAGUUUAUGUGCCUUUAGUCUUAAGUUACCUUGCAUUGUAAUAUUCAGUUUUAAUAUAUCAAUUCAAGUAUUUUGUAUUUGAGAAAAACAGAAAUCAGACUUUAUAAUAAUAAUAAACAUGGCUCAGAAUCUACCUGUCAAAUCUAAGGAAGGUUCUUCUGUAGGAAAGAACUUCAGAAUUAGUUAUUUUAAAUAGACCAAGAUUUUUUUGAGCUUGAUGUACUUAUUUUACAGAUUCUGUUGUCUGUGUAAAAAAAUGGUCAUGUAUAUUUUCUAUAUUAGUUGAGUUUUUACAUCUUUAGAUAUGUAAAAAGAAAUUGGUAUAGUUUGGAAGCGGCACAAUUAAAAUUAAUUUUCUAACAAAAGUUGGGAGGUUUGCCAUUCGUUAAUUUCAUUUUGUGUGUGUAUUCUGCUUGCUUGCCUCUGUAGCAUGCUCAAUAAACUCUUCUGUAGCUCUAUAUUCA